CACUGUUCAUAACCGUCGCUCUCGCUCGCCCUACCCUAUCGAUUGAAUCCUUUGGCAUGCACUCGUGACGAACGGCUUGUGGUAGGCCGUCAUUACCAAUCAACAUUGAGGAGUGAUCUGGAACCAAGUCAACAUGCGGACUGUUAUUCUUGGCACGAUCUUUGCUGGCCUUACGACCUCGCUCACACUGGCGGCAACCGCAGCGCAAUGUUACUAUCCGGAUGGCUCAGAAUCGACAGAUGUCGCAUGCAACGCAACAGCCGCUGCUGCCACGGGAGGCUAUUCAGCUUGUUGCUCUAGCAGCUCAUAUUGCAUGGACAAUGGGCUAUGUCUCGACACAGGAAUCCUCAAGAGAAUGAGCUGUACAGACAAGACAUUCAAAGAUAAGACAUGCCCACAAUAUUGCAUAACAGAAAAUAUGGGCGAUCCCUACGCCGUCACACCAUGUACAGCAACCACAUUCACCUGCGGCAUCUCCCCAGCAAACUGCAGCGUAGCAGCCUCCGUCUUCCCAGUUACCGACCUCAAAGAAAUCGUCCUCAAAGCCGACCAACUAGCAACCGCAAUGUCCGCAGCCGGCCUCCCAACCUCAAGCAUCGAUCCAACCUCAACUCCAACCGAAACCCUUCCAAUCCUCACAGUCACCGCAACAGGAACCCUCACACCCGCAAACCCCGCGGCGAAAUACACCAUAACCCAACUCAUCGGCGUCGGAGCCGGGCUCGGAGUUCCUAUGCUACUCGCCAUUGGUGUUCUAACGUACCUCCUCGUCGCAGAGAAACGUCGACACAGCGUACGAGAAAUAGGCGAAGGGGCUUUUCGUCCCCCACCGACUAUGGAAUCCCGUGAUGGGAAUAGCUGGAGCGCAUGGAGUGAGACGACGAAAGUUGGAACUGUACCGAGGAUUCCGACAUUCGACUCACAUCGACUCCAAGAUCUAGAAGGGAGACCGAAGGGAGGACAGAAUUCGAGGAAAUCGAGUUUGGCGUUGAGUAGUAAUAGGGGUAGGUGAUUAGUAGUCCUAGUCCAGCUACGGUGUUUUGGGGUGUGGGAAGCGUGUACUGGGAGGCACUUUUGUUUGACGCGUAAUUGGCGAUGAAGCUAUGAUGUAUACUUAUUUCCACACAAAGUUGUAUCUGCGAGCCCAGAAUUUGAAACCUAGGAACGAGUAGUGGUGAAUGCAUAAUGAGAGGAAAGCGAUACACUGCACUAAGACCGAUAAAAUCUGAACAGCUGCCUUCUUCCUAUUGAAAUGGUGUCCUUGGGCAGCAAGAAAAGUCAAGAUCUGAUCGAGCGUCUCGUAAGCACGGGCGUCUAAGAGGUUUAAAGAUCUGUGAUCUAUGAUGUUAUAAAAUCGAUUGUCUGCAAUCCUGUGGAGGCAACUCCGUGUGGCCGGACGAUGCAUGCGAUGCAUUGUCCAGGUUCUCCUCAACUCUUCCUGCUGCGAAGCACGGGCUUGCGGUGCAUGUCCCGUGCUAUAGGCAGCAAUCUCCAAAUCGCGCACCGACAAUUGCCAUUCUGCUCUUUCCGCUCUGCAUUUCCUGGUCCAGGUCAAGUCUAGACUGUGCUACUAGUCAAGGCUGUUGCAUGCGGCUCGCUGAGCUAUGGUAGCGCCGUGAUCAGGCUGCAGGACACAAUUUCAUCUGCGGGCCGUUGCAUCACAUCCACCUCCACCUCCAUCUAUGACCUGCGGAGCCGCAUGCGGUUCAGAAGCCUUGGCAAUAUAUCUCUUGUUGAGGAGGCACGGUAGAUUCCAUGUCUUUGGUGGUCAAUCGCAGCAUCAUCGAAAUCAUUCUGCAGGGCUCUUGGAUCUUCUGCGGAACAAUGGAAGUCCAGAUCGAUUUGAG